UUUUUUUUUGUUUUGUUUAUGAAAAAGAAAAUAGGUAAUUAAUAAUAUAAUUAAUGAUAAUAAAACUUGUAAUAUUAGUUUAUAACUUAAAAUAAUAGUAAAUAACUUAGAGAAUGUCACAAGAAGAUAAUCAAAGUGUACCCCCUACUCAAGCUUCAGCGAUUGCGGGCAGUAGUGUCAAUAGUAGUGUUGAACCUUCCGAAGGACCACACAGAAUAUCGAUCAAUGAUCCAAGAUCAAAUCCCACGACACCAACAUUAUUGACGCCUAAAUUACGUCGGCUCAAAUCUUAUGAUGACGAUGAUGACGAUGACGAUGAUUACGAUUAUGAUUCUGGCGAUUCUAAAAGACGUAAAAGAAAAGGUUUAAGAAAACGGCAUUCAUAUAGACGUAGAAAAUCUAGUGUAUCAUCUCAUGUGGAAGAUGACGCAAUUGAUGAAAAUCAAAAUGAAGACGAAAUCGAUGAGGAUGAAUCUGAUCAUGAACCUGUCACUCUUAAAGAUAGACAAGAAGCUAUCAACAUUACUCAUCCGUUUGGUUUACCAAUAUGGAAACCGGCGUUAUAUAAAAAAUCUCGGUCUGUGACGCGUAAUGCGAAUUCAGCGCUUCAUUCAGUACCAUCUCCAGAUUUAUAUAUUAGUCCUGGUAACAUUUUUUGGGCAAUAUGUUUUGGAUGGUGGUUAGCAAUGAUAUCAUUUGUUGUAUCAAUUAUAUUAUUUUUGACGCCAUUUGAAGGAUGGAGGUACGCACAAGUAUUACAAGAAUUAAGUUUAUAUAUACUUUGGCCAUUCGGUAAAUUUGUCGAAAAAGACGAUGAUUGGCUUGAUGAUACAUCAAGUCAUGAACAACAAACUGACUAUUUUAGUCAUCAUGAUGUGGAUAUCGAGGAAAGUGAGACUAGACCUUUAUUGGGAAGAAGUCUUUAUAUAAAUUCAAGAAGAAAUAGCCGUUCAGAAAAAUUUAAUUUAUUUGAAAAGUUGGAUGAAAUUGGUCCAUCAGGCGUUUUCUUUUAUUUCUUAUUCUACACAGUUCUAGCCCCAUCAUUUUUUUUCGUUUCAGUCAUAUGUUGGUUAUCAGUAUUUCCAAUACCAAUGGCAAAAUUAAUAUUUGAAUUACUUAAACACUUAAAUAGAAAACCGUUAUCAUUACAUUUUAAAUCAGGAUCAUCUCGAACAACAUCAAGAUCAGCAGUAUUAUUAUGUACAUAUAGAGCUUUUGGAUUGCAAUAUUACAAGUAUACAUAUGAAGGGAUUAACAUAAUGUUUAUAAAUUUAAUGCCGAUAGUAUUCUUUGUUAUUAUAGAUGAUCGAUUUCUUAAACAUAAAUUUAAAGAUUAUUUUUUUUCAACAGAAGAAUUUAUAUUUGCAUUAUCAUUAGCAUCAGUUAUACCCUUAAGUUAUUUUAUUGGUACAGCAGUAGCUUCUAUUUCAGCUCAAUCAUCUAUUGGUUUGGGAGCUGUUAUUAAUGCAACUUUUGGUAGUAUUAUUGAAAUUAUUUUAUAUGCUAUUGCUUUAAAUAGAGGCAAAGGUAAAUUAACGGAGGGUAGUAUUAUUGGAAGUAUUAUGGCUGGUGUCCUGUUAAUGCCUGGUGUUAGUAUGGUAAGUGGUGGUUUUAAAAGAAAAGAACAAAAUUUUAAUUCUAAAAGUGCAGGAGUGACAUCAACCAUGCUUAUUAUGGCUAUCAUUGGUGCAUUUACUCCAACUUUGUUCUUUCAAACAUAUGCUCCUUAUAAAAUGUCUUGUAAACCGUGUGAUGAAACAUUAUUUGCAGAAUCUUGUCAGAUAUGUUCGCACUCAGAAGUUGAACCGAUCGAAACUCCAUUAUACAAAGAUCACGUCAAACCAUUGAUGUAUUUCUGCUCAAUAAUUCUUUUAUUGUCAUAUUUAAUUGGAUUAUGGUUUUCAUUACGUACGCACGCAGCAUUAGUUUAUCAAACACCACAAGAACGACCGGAACGACCACAAUCCAUAUAUCAACGUUGGGUUCCUGUAAAUAUUAUUCAACAACUACUUCCACACUCACCAAAUUUCCUACAACAACAACAGCAACAUAUUAAUCCACAGAAUGAACAUUUACCACCACCAUUACCAAGAGCUAUGUCAGCACCUAGUUCAGCGAUUCCAAUUCAAAGUAUACUUGUUCAUAAUGAUGAUAAUACAAUUAAUUUAGCUAGUGUAGCUAAUCAACCAACAAUUAAUUUAAGACAUGCUAAUGAACCUGAAGAAGCAGAAGAAGAAGAAGAAGAAGAAGAAGUUCGUGGUCAUGAUUCUCCUAAUUGGGGUAAAUUUAAAAGUGGAUUCGUAUUAUUAUCUUGUACUGCUUUAUAUUCUUUCAUUGCAGAAAUUUUGGUUGAGAAUGUUACAUUUGUUUUAAAACAUGUUAAUACGACAGAAAAAAUAUUAGGAUUAACUCUGUUUGCUUUAGUACCAAACGUAACAGAAUUUCUUAAUGCAAUGUUAUUUUCUUUAUAUGGAAAUAUUGCUCUUAGUAUGGAAAUCGGUUCAGCUUAUGCAUUACAAGUAUGCCUUUUACAAAUCCCAGCUAUGGUAGCAUAUUCUGCUUGGGUUAAUAGAGGCAAAACAGUUGAUCAACAGAAAGAUCGCACAUUCACGUUGGUAUUUCCCAAAUGGGAUGUAUUUGCUGUAGUAUUUUCAGUAUUUUUAUUAACUUAUACUUACAUAGAAGGAAAAUCAAAUUAUUUUAAAGGAUCUAUAUUAAUUUUAUCUUAUGCGGUAUUAAUGGCUGGAUUUUUCUAUGCUCCUUCUAAUUAUGAUAGUUAUAUUUUUUAAAAUUAUAAAUUACAAUUAUUUAUUUAUUUAUUACAUUUUUUUUCUCUUCAUUUUCUCAUAAUUAUAAUAUAAUUUAAUGGAAAAUAUAUUGAAUUAAAAUUAAAUUUAUAAAUUUAUAAUAACUGGUACAUAAUAUUCAUCAUGUUUAAAAAUUUUUUACUGUAUAUAACAUAAUAUACCAAUCAUAUAAAAUAAAAAAAUAUAUAUA